AUGGGGCCGUACCCCCGCUCGGCACGGGACGAGCCCGAGUACCUCAACGACGGGGAACUGGACGCGGACGCACCCCACGACCCCGGCGAGGCACCCUGUCCAGCAGAAACCGCGCCACAAGGGGAGGCCCCCGAGAGCGAGCUGCCCCCGCGGCAUGAGGAACCUACGGAGACUCACACCACGCCGCGCCGGCGGAGACGAGGCCGGCCCCGCCACGCCAGGUGCCGGGUGACAGAAGUCGCGGGGGACGACUCCGAAGACCCCGCCAGAGCGACCCCUGACCCCGAACCCAUUAUAUCCGACCCAGACGAGGACGAAGAGGAAUCGCCCCCGAGCCCGACCAGAGGUGGUUGGGGACCAGCAAGGCUGCAGGAGUUCGUCCUGAACACCACCCUGGGGCGGAGCUCACCCAGCCCAGCGCUUAUACCCGAGCGGGAGCGCCAGCCCUACGGACGGCAAGGCCCGACGAGCCCCGCGGGGAGGAGCCCGCGAGAGCGCCCCCGACGGGAGCGCCAACCCCCCGCCCACCUGGCCGAGUACGUCCUGGGCAGUCUCGUCACACCGCCCCACCCAUCACCAGCAACAGGCCAGGGGGAACCAAGUCCUGCCUACAGCCCCCUCCAUUCCUACCAGUUCUCCCCUGUCCCCUACUCCCCAGAGCAAUUCCCAACUGCCGAGCAACUCUUCCCUCACCCCCCUGAGUUACUCUCUCCUAUCAAGACAUCCUACCCCCGCCUCAUUCCCCUCACCCUACCCUCACCACCCCCACGCAAGGCCUUGACGACCGGCACCACCGGGAGCCAGCCGCAGGACCCGCGGCCGCAACCCAUCUCGGCCCGACUGGCGGCCCGCCUGCAGGAACUCUUCGGCAGUGACGCCUAG